AUGUCUCCACACGCCCUUCUCCAGGCUGGCCAGCCCCAGCUGCACCCAUCGGGCCUCCCCCUCGCCGGGACACCGCGACAGCGCUCUCGGCGCCUCGGGAGCAGCCCCGAGGGAGCCGGGGCCCGUCUGUCCCCCAGCCGGCUCGCCGCCAGCAGAGGGCAGAAACUCAGCUGUUGCUUUAAACCCAUCAAGGCUCCUGAGUCCGUAUCCACUAUAAUUACAGCAGAAUCAAUCUUUUAUAAGGGUGUAUACUACCAAAUCGGAGAUGUUGUUUCCGUGGUUGAUGAGCAGGAUGGAAGAACAUACUAUGCUCAGAUCCGUGGGUUUAUUCAGGACCAAUACUGUGAAAAGAGUGCUGCACUAACCUGGCUCAUUCCUACACAAGCCAGCCCCAAAGACUGUUUUGACCCAGCAUCCUACAUCAUAGGACCAGAAGAAGAUCUCCCAAGGAAAAUGGAAUAUUUAGAAUUUGUUUGUCAUGCACCUUCGGAAUAUUUCAAGUCUCGAUCAUCUCCCUUCCCUACUGUUCCUACAAGGCCAGAGAAGGGCUAUAUAUGGACUCAUGUGGGACCUACUCCUGCAAUCUCCAUUAAAGAAACUGUAGCCAAUAAUUUAUAAUUUUUUUUAAGAAAUACUUUGGACUAGUUACUUUGGGUGUAUCCUCCAGUUUGUAAACCCUAUACAAGAAGUUUUAAAAAUUAUAAAAUGUGCCAGUUUACUUUACAGAUUAUGGUAUUUAUUUAUUUUAGAUAUAUGAGAUCUUUGAAGUGGAAGUUUUCAUUCCAGUUGAUGCAUCAUUUCACUGCUUUGUUCUUCAGACACAAUUGCUCAUCUUGGGACGAAACUGCAAGUUUCAUGUUGUCUUUGACUUCUGAAAGUUGCCUGUAGUGUUCAUUCUUACUUUUUAUUUUCCAAAAGAGGAGUUUAAAAGACAUAAUCAUCCAGCAUUUUACAUAACUGUUUAUUUUAGUUAACUGUAACUCCUGGUUUUAUUUCCUUGUUAAAUAAUUUAAGAUUAGCUUCACCUAAAUACUAAAAUGGUCAGUGAUGUAGUUAACAGUUUUGUGGAGAGGAGUGAUUUACCUAGAUUUCUCCAAACUAAAAUGUCAUCUGCAAAGAGGGACUCUGUAACAGUCACCUUUUAAGGGAAUUUUGUUCAUCUGAAUCUAAAAUGUGGGCCUAUCUAUGUAUGUAGCUUUCUGCUAAACUUACUUAUUGAAGGGCAUAAAUUUCUUGGAAAAUUGCAUGCAAAUUCAAAAGGUAAUGUUAUUUGCCAUCCUAGCAUCCUCAUAGCAGAAGGAUAUCUGCAUUUCCUGAGCAAGCCAACACUGACAUAUGAUUUGAGUUUCAGAUUGUUAAUAUUUGUUUGCUUGUUAGCUUGGGCUCAUAAAAUUGGUUUUAAAUUGUUUUUUUAGUCUUCACAAUUAAUGAUGGCAAGAAAAAAAAUGGUGAGGCAAUUCAAAUGAAAAAAAAAUGGGUAAAGGAAAUAAAACCUAAUUUUAUGUAUUGACAGUCUCAGCAUAACAAGGAAAAUGUUUAAAUUGCAGAUUGGGAGAAAUGCCACAUACUAAAAUAUCAAAGAAGUUUUCUGCCCCACAUUUUUUACAAGCCAGUCAGCUCCAAACAGGAUGAGAUAUGGCCUGAAUUCCAAGGGCUUAAUGGUUCCUGCUGCCUAUGAAGGAUAAGAGCUGUAAGUGGCCUUAGAUUUAAAAGUACUGAUCUUUUCCAUUUCUUUUUCUUUGUAUGAACAUAUGUGACCAGCAUCCAGAAUGCCCAAAUCACCUUUAAGAUAUUGUAUGAAAGCAUUAAGAUGUUGCAUUAGGCUUAUGUUCUAACUUUAUGAAAGGCUUUUAUUUAAGAUUUAACAUAUUUGAAAGUCUCAGGUGUUGACAACUUUCAAUACAGUGGGACCUGUGAGAGCAGGAACCAGAUAGAUUUAUUUCAGCCUGCAGUCUCUGUUCUGCCCUCUUCAAAUACAAGGAAGAGCAAUCAGCCUUUAGGGAGUAGAUGCUAAAGUGAAGGGAUACUGCCAAUAAUUCAAAAUGUUCAGAAAUUAGCAGUAGAUUGCUAAUACAGAGUUAAAUCUUAAUCCUCAGUUGCUUACAAAAAUGAGAUAUGUUCAGUGUAUUGCAGGGAUUAAUCCCAAGGUGACCUCACUUCUCUCCAUUUUCUUCUUUCAUUUCCUCCGAGGUUUUUUUCUUACAUUUUUAUUAACAAUUACAAGAAAAUAAAAAUAAGAAGCCUUAUAUUUACAGUAACCAGAGUAACUCCCUUGACUCAAAUGUUUUCCUUCCUUUAUCUACAGUCCACAAGGUUUUAACUUGGGAUCACUGUAAACUGUGCUGCCUCAGCAUAAUCCAUGGACCUGUUCUCUUCUGUUUUACCUUAUCUGAAUUAUCAGGGUUGGAAAAGACAGUGAUGGUCAUUGAGUCCAAUGAAGCUUAGCUGCUUUCUGUGUCAAAUCCUCAUAGGAAUAAGGAGGAAAACAGUGCUGACACUGUUUUGUUUUUUUGAGUUCCUACAAGGUACACCAAAAGUACUUCUUGCCAUUUGCCUUAUUUGUCAAUAAAUUGUAAUA